CUUCAUUUUUUUUGCUGUAUUUUGCUGUUUUUUCAUGGAAAUCUGUUCAAAUUCCUGUAAAAUUAAUAGUUUGAAGAAAGAAAUAUACGAAUUUAAUAAUGAGAAGUUCCCUAUUAUCAAUCGGACUCUCACAGUUCGGAUUAAGUGUUCUGCAGACGCUCUUCAUGUUUUAUUAUGUUAAAGUAUACAUUAAUCAGUUUCACGUCAACACAAAAUGGUUCAACAUUGCGCAAACUUUGUUUAUGGUCUGGAAUGCAAUAAAUGAUCCACUUUUUGGAUAUUUGCAGGAAAUUCGUGGAUCAUGGCUCACAAAUCGCUUAUUAGUGAUCAAAACUUUAUCUCCUUUCCUUGUUGGCUCAUUUGUGUUCAUGUGGAUCCCAUGGAAUACAGAAGGUUCAGAUUUGGAAGGAUUGCACCUUGUUCUCUCAUUAUUCCUUUACGAUGCAUUCUUCAGUGCAAUCAGUGUUGCAUGGGGAGCUCUAUUCGCUGACACCACACAAAAUCAGUCAUUGAUCCGAGUAAAAGCACUGAAAUAUUCUCAAAUCGCAAUUCUUUUAUCGGUAUUUUCGAUUGCUGUCACGGAAAAGCUGAGCAACAGUUUAAAGAAUUUUCCGAUUUUCCAAGGAAUCUGCUUUUUCGUCGCAAUACUUUCUUUCAUUUGUCUUUGGUGGGGAGGUCACUUUGGAAAAAUCACAAACAAUCGUCAAGAGGAUAAGGAACAAGGAGAUCGAGAAGUUUUAAUUGAAAAAGAACAAGAAAAAGAAAAGGAACAUCAACUAACAUUCCACGAAAAUGUUCAAAAUUCUAUUCAUCUUACCAAGCAAAUUCUCUCACAACGACAGUUUCUCGCCAUAGUGAUCACCAAUUUUUUCCAUACAGCAAGAAGUAUUGCUCAUAUGAAUUUUGCAUCAAUUAUUACAGAAAUCCUAAUUCCUCAGGAUAUUCUACCGAGUGGAUCGAUUCGAUUGAGUUUAUUCUUUAUGCUACUCACACUUGGACCACAAAUUAUUCUAAUUGUUAAUGAAAAGCUAAUUGCAAAUGCUGGCGCGAUUCGGGUGAUUUCUGUUAGUUAUAUUGUCUCGUUUUUAUCCGGAUUUAUGAUCGUUGCAUCCGGAAAUCCAUAUAGCAUUAUGCUCUUCAUGCUUAUCGAUUGGUAGGUUUUAAUCUGAAAAUUGAAAUAGUACCUUUGAAAUUGGUCGUUAAAAAUUAGCAUUUUUACUACUUUAGAGGACUGUGAACUCGUUUUAAAUGUGAAUUUUUGCUUGCCCAAAGUUUGCAAAAAUCCUCAUUUGAAGAAAUUUUCUAAAGUAGUAAAAAAAUGCAAUGAAAGCAGAUUCAAAUCGACUUUUUUCUAAUUCAAAGUGCUCCCCUGCCGCUAAAUGUCUUUCUAUUUUUUUACAAAGAAAGCUGAAAUACUUUCCUUCUAAAACUAUUAAAUUAUUCAACAAAAAAAGUCCUUUCAGCGUCACAGUGCACACAAUAGCACCACUCUUCAACAUAAUAAUUUCCGAUUUCGUGGAUGAUGACGCUCGGAAGAAUAGCCGUUCUUCAGGAAUCCCAUCUAUUGUAUUCAGUUUAAACGCACUUUUCGUGAAACCGGCACAAUCUGUAGCUCCUGUUAUCAUUGUUCAUUUGCUUAAUCAGUCGGGUUAUCAGGACUAUUUGAAGUCAAAAGUUCUGUCUGAAGAUCUAAAAAACACGAUCCUCCUCAUUCUCUUCAUGACUCCAGUUAUCAUUGGAGGAAUUCAGUACGCCGUCAUGAAGUCGAUGUUCAGUUUUAGAAAGCAAAAUAUUCGAACUACUCAUGUUAUUUAAAAGCUUUAAAUUGUAUUUAUAUUUCGCUUUUCUCCGGGUAAUUUAAUUUAUUUAAUAUUACAAUAUUUCCUAAUGCAUUAGUUAUUCAAUUUAAUUGAAAUUUGUUUCAAACCGGUGAUUUCUCCCCAUUGUGAUAAACCAAACAAACUUGUUUAUUCUCCUCUUUCCCGCCAUUUUUUGUACAUAAAAUAUCAAUUGCU